AUGCAGGAUGAAGGACCUGUGGAUCUGAGCACAGACUCGGAGUACGCAGAUCCAGAUGUGCAGGUGCAGGUGAGUAGAUUGUUUUCUCCCUGGGCAGAGCUGCAGUGUCACAGCACCUGUCAUCUGCCUGAUCGUCCUUCAUACCUCUGGUACAAGAACGGACAGAACCUUCAGGAGGAAACUUCUUCUUCAUAUUCAGACUACGUUGAUGCUGCAGACAGCUUUUCCUGUGCUGUGAAAGGACACGAGGGUUUCCCUGCUCCUUCAGUGUGUGUCUAUGGUCAAAGCUGCCACAGAGUGACUUACACUGACAGAAGCAUCUGCGCCCCCUCAGGCUCUUCAGUGGACAUUUCUUGCACUUACUACAGUGUUGGAUCUGUCACAUCUAAAUUCUGGUUCAGUCCUGAGCGUAGUCAUCAGUGGGGGGAUCCUAACAAACCUCAGGACCUCAGUGAAGACUCCCAGUACACAGGUCGUGUUCAGGUCCUACCAGCAGAGAGAGGACGCUCCACUCUGAGGAUCUCUGACCUGAGAGCGACAGAUUCAGCUCAGUAUCACUUCAGAUACAAGACACGAGGCUUUGAAUGGAGGAGCAGUUUACCUGGUACCACUCUGACUGUCACAGAUGCAGAUGUGCAGGUGCAGGUGAUCUGGUCUCCUUCUGGUCCAAAGCUGCUUUGUCACAGCAGCUGUCUUCUCACCGGACGUUCUUCCUUUGUUUGGUACAAGAAUGAAACGAUGAUUCAGGAAGAAACAUCUGCUUCUUAUGGACAAGACGUUCAUGCUGCAGACAGUUAUUCCUGUGCUUACCAGAGUUACCGCUCUGCUGCAGUGUAUGCUCCGAGGCUUCCCUCUGUGUCACUGAGUCCCUCUGGGGACAUUAUGAAGAACGAUUCAGUGACUCUGAGCUGUAGCAGUGAUGCUAACCCAGCAGCUAAAUACACCUGGUACAAGGGGGAACAACUGUUCAUUGAGAAACAACAGCUCAUCUUCAGCUCCAUCCAGUCCUCUCACUCUGACCAGUACUACUGUGAAGCUGAGAACGAGCUGGGGAGGAGGACGUCUCAAUAUGUCUUUAUUAAUGUGAAAUAUGGUCCAAAGCUUCCCUCUGUGUCAGUGAGUCCCUCUGCUGAGAUAGAGGAGGGCAGUUCAGUGACUCUGAGCUGUAGCAGUGAUGCUAACCCAGCAGCUACGUAUACCUGGUACAAGGGGAAGCAACAACUGCUUCAGGGAACAGAAGGGAGUUAUCACUUCACCUCCAUCAGCUCUGAGGACAGAGGGAUCUACUACUGCAAGUCUGAGAAUCAACAUGGACACAUCAUGUCAUCGUCUCUCUCAGUAGAUGUCCAGUAUGGUCCAAAGCUUCCCUCUGUGUCAGUGAGUCCCUCUGCUGAGAUAGAGGAGGGCAGUUCAGUGACUCUGAGCUGUAGCAGUGAUGCUAACCCAGCAGCUAACUAUACCUGGUACAAGGAGGAUGAAGACUCACCAAAAGAAUCAGGACAGAACUUCACCAUCACUGACUUCAGAUCUGAACACAGUGGGAAUUAUUACUGUGUAGCUCAGAACAGCAGAGGACGUCGUGACUCCACCUUACACCUGACUGUUGGGGCAGGUGCAUGGACAUCAGCAGCGACAGGAUCCAUCACUGCUGUUCUGCUGGCUUUCACGUUCCUCGCCGUCGUCCUAUGGAUUAGGAGAAGAAAGUCCAUCACACAACAGUCUGCAAAAAGACCCGACACCAGAGAACAGCUGAACCUGGAUCAGGUGCAGGACGACCUUCACUACUCCAGCAUCCGCUUUCCCUCAGAACCAGGAAGAGGCUCUCUACUCCAACGUCGGAGUAGCUCAGACCCGCAGACAGGGGCGGAGCUGGGGAGCAGCAAGCUGGUGAUGAGGUACCCAGACCGUUGGGUCCAGCGCACCCUGCCCCCCCCACAAAGGACCAACACCAGCCUCGGCUCCAACGUUGCGGGAACACAGCAGAGCUUAUUCGCCCCGGGGUCCAGACGGUGUGUUCCUAUAGAUGGAGACGAGUGCUUCUACUGGCGGACAACAGGCUGUUUCUAUGGCGACAAGUGCCGCUUCAAACACAUACCAGACGAACAAGGUCGAGACAAAAAAACAUGGCAACCCUAA